UCAGUUGGCGUAUGAUAACAAUAAACAACCUAGAGACAAGAGAUACGCACCAACUGAACCUGCUGCUCCAAUUCGACAAAAACGAACCGAAAAUAUGAGCCGCGACGGCUACAGUCGGUUGAAGUAACGCCUCGUCGGUUACCGUGGGAGUCUUGUCGGUCCUGACACAAAGGAUUUUCAAGUUUUCGUGUGAAUUCUAGGAGACAACUACAGUUACGGCUUACUCCUUCCUUAGCCCCUUUUAGCUAGCUGUGGCUCAUUCCUUGUUUUAGCACACUUUGUUUUCGUCUGUUAUGCAGUUGCCAGAGGACUGUACUUGCACUCGUUCUCCUCCGCCACCUCUUCGCUCCCUAUCCCCGCUCUCUCUGGCCCUAUGUCUCGCUGGCUUUUCCCCUGGUCAGGCUCAAUUAAGAAGCGGGCCUGUCGGUACCUUUUACAGCACUACCUCGGUCACUUUCUGCAGGAACGACUGAGCCUUGACCAGCUGGGCUUGGACUUGUACAACGGCAGUGGUGUCAUCAAAGAAAUCAACCUCGAUGUGUGGGCAGUCAAUGAGCUGUUGGAGUCUCUCGGGGCUCCUUUGGAGAUAGUGGAAGGCUUUGUGAGCAGCAUAGAGGUGACCAUCCCCUGGCAAGCUCUCCUAACUGAUCACUGCACUUUAGAGGUCUCUGGUCUUCAGAUAACAUGUCGACCCAAGUACCGGACCAGUGGGGGUUGGGACUCACAAGGAUGGUCGUCCAGCAUGACGUCCAGCAUGCAGUUGGCUCAGGAGUGCCUGAAGGACCCCCCGGAGGCGUCAGAGGAGCCACCUGCCCCUCUUGAGGGCCUUGAGAUGUUUGCACAGACUAUUGAGACAGUCCUCCGUCGCAUUAAAGUCACAUUUCUGGACACUAUUGUUCGCAUCGAGCACCAGCCCCUGGACCUGGAGACAGGCGUUGCCUUAGAGGUGCACAUCAAACGGCUGGAGUACUUUGAUGAGGCAGUGAGAGAUCCAGCCAGCCAGACUGCUGUGCCUGUUGACAUCCAUCAGCCACCUGCCUUUCUGCACAAGAUCCUCCAGCUGAGCACUGUUCAGCUGCUCUAUGACAGCAAUGGCAUAGUUCAGGGUCCUCUUGAGGAGGAACUUCCAAAUUCAGCCACGGCUAGUGAUGGAGAGGAGGAUGAAGAGGAGGACAAAGAGGAAGUCAGGCCCACUACAGCCACUUCAUGCCCUCCUCAGCCUCUGCUCAUUGGAAGCUGCUCUGGUUUCAUCGAAACCACCGUUAAGAUCAAACAGAAUGAUAUGCUGCCUGGACCAAAGUUGGAGCUGGACGGGAAGGUGGGCUGUGUCCACAUGCUGCUGUCUCCAGAUCAAAUAACCCAUCUGACAGACCUGCUGGCAGCCCUCUGUAUAGACAUUGAACCGGACACAAAGUGUGGUGGAGUACACAGUCGUCCAUUAGACUCGGAUGACCUGCGCAUGAUCGAGGAAGACCUCAGCAAGCAGCUGGGAUACAGUCCGAGGGAGUUGGAGACUGAACCUGACCUGGAGCCCUACGUAACCGGCUUUGAGAAUGGAGAAAUGUUUUACUCUAUGGGUCCAGCUGGUAUGACCAGUAGCGUGACAUCUAUCCGCUCUGGAAGUGAAUUGUCAGACAGUGACAUGGAGUCCUCCACACACAGUGUAUCCAGCUUCUCACAGCCCACAGUGCUGUCUGCACAGGGCUUGAUCACCUGUCCCAGGAGAUAUCCUGUAGCAGGCUGCCUUUCCAGCAUCCCUCCAGCCAGUCGGACCAGAGGGCGAUCACACAGUGGCCAGGCAGAGCGGAUGAAGCCUGAUGCCUUGUUGCGACUGUCCAUUGGUGGACUCACAUUAACCCUGCUAGAGGAGGAUCCCACCUCUAAAACUGAUGGAGCCUCCUCAUUGGCUCAGGUUUCUCAGGUGUUUUUCAGGGAAUUGACCCUCAAAGACAGCAUGUUCAGUGAGAGGGACUUCAACCAACUGAGAGUCCGCUUUGCAAAGGCCUGCCCACACUCUCAUCUGAGACUGACAGGAGCAACAGUCCAGGUUGCAUGUGAGAUGCGCAGUGGAAGACGUCAUUGUCGGGCUGUGACCUCUGACAUUUCAUUCGGCAGAAUGGAGCUGUUAGAAUGCCUUUGGGAAGAUGGGAAACCUCAGUACUGUGAGCUGCUUCAGUUCCAGAAAGCUGGGCUGUUUACACUCGGAGCUGCCGGCAGACCGUGUGCCCAAUUACAUUACAGCCUCACUGAAAAACACCAGCGCAAGGGUAAGCAGCGGGUGGUGCGGCGUGACAGUGUAGUGCGGGUGGAGCUGGCAGAGGCGAGUGCAGAGCUGGACCUGGACAUCCUCAGCCGUCUGGGUAGCCUCAGCAAAGCAUUCAGCCACUCUUCCACCCAGACCUCCACAUCUGGACUCAUACAGAACCAGAACACUGAGCUUUGCUCUUCCUUCACCCUGCACGCCCCACACGUUGUUCUCAGGCUGCGCUUUCCCAUACCGGACUUGCGACCUCUUCCAAAGCGCCGACCGCCAACCCAAAGAGCAGUGAGGGCGGAGACCCUGGUGCUGGAGCUGACGGAGCUGGAGCUAAAGCACCAGGAGGCUCCAGACCUCCAGAGUGAGCAGGCCAUCCCAGGGCUACUGGGGGCUCCAUGUCUGACUCAGUUGCUGGAGGCCUCCUUCACUGACCUGCACGGGUCAUAUGAGGGCUGGGAGGGAGGCUCUUUUCCCUGUAUCAGAGUGAGGAAGAGCAGCGAGUCACUGCCAAGGAUAUCUGUGCAUGUGCGUGGAGGUGAGACUCCGGGCCCAGCAGCAGGUCUGAGUGGGCUGAACCCAGGCCUCAUGAGGGACCUGGGGUCCGCCUUCUUUGACAGUCACUGUGAAUUCAAUGACAAAACCAGCUCUCCAUUUUCUUCCAAUCGCACCAUGUUUGAGACUGAAGAGAUGGUGAUUCCAGCCAACUCAGAAGAGAUGCUUCAGUUUCAGGAACACUGUGUUACCCAGUGUCACUGUGCUGUUGACAUCAGCCUGCCUCUGGCCUACAUCUUUCUUCCAAGCAAACAGGCCUUUCAGAGCAUCUACAACAGGAUCAAUAAUGAUCUCUUGAUGUGGGAGCCGCCUCCCCCUCCUCCCCCUACAUCCCACAGCACCGACCAGAGCCGCCAUCACCAUGACGAGUUCCAGCUGUGCAAGUCAGCCUUUAGACUGGACUCCGAUUCAGAGGAGGAUGAGCCUCGGUUCUUCCUGGCCAACGAUUCGUCUGGAAGGAUGCAGCAAUCAGCUCAUCACCCCAGCCACAACCUCAGCCUCCUCUCCCUCACUGUGAUUAUCGGGAAGGGUCGCCUCCAAGCCAGAACUGACAAGAAGGAGGACCAAAGUCAUGGAGAGAUCAUGCUUGACCUGGAAGGGGGCAAGAUUUUCAGUGUGGCACAGCAUCAAAAUAACCCCAAUCUCAAUUUCCUAUGUCUGGAAAGCCGACGAGUGGAGCUCUACCACCGAGCUGUGGUGAAAGACACCCCACUCCCACAGCGACUGGAGAUACCGUGCUUCACUCGACCAAAGCACUUGGACCCUACCAUCUACCCCACAGAGGUGGGAGUGAGCAGUGUGAGUGGCAGAGAGGGGGAGCAACAGAUGUUGUCAACAGCCAUCAAAAUAACACUGGACUCGCAGAGAAACGUCAAGGAGUUCCUAGUUGCCCUUCAACUUCAAGGUGCCACUAUGCGACAUUACAUGACGCAGACCAACCACAGCUGGCACGAGCAGCUUGUUGACUUCCUGGAUGUUAUUGAUGAUCCCAUUCUUGGAUACACAGCACCUGCUGUUAUCACUGUCCUCCACACACACCUGGCUUCUUGCGCUGUUGAUUACAGGCCUUUGUAUCUGCCCCUCAGAGUGUUGUUCACAGCAGAGUCUUUCUCUCUGUCUAGUAAUAUCAUUGUAGACACUGCCACCUUCCACCUCAGAUUCAUCCUGGAUGACUCUGCCCUCUACCUCUCUGACAAAUGUGAGGCUGAGACUGUGGACCUAAGGAGAGACUAUGUGUGUGUUCUGGAUAUUGACCUUCUGGAGCUCGCCAUCACCACAUGGAAAGGCAGUAACACUGGCAAGCUGUCUCAGCCUCUCUUUGAGCUCCGCUGCUCCAACAACGUGGUCCAUCUCCAUACCUGUGCAGAUUCCUGCGCUGCCCUCAUCAAUUUUUUGCAGUAUCUGGUCUCCCAGGGUGACCUGCACCCCCCACCCCGCCACACCUCACCCACAGAGAUCGCUGGCCAAAAAUUACCUCUCUCAGAGAGUCCAGCUUCUGUCCUCCCAUGCCCCCCAGCUGAAACAGCUGAGAUCAACCAGUAUGACCUAGCUGAUGCCUUAAUAGACACGGAGAGAAGCCACAGAGAGGAGAGUUCAGAUCCUGGUUCACCCUCGGUGCUAAGAGGCUCACCUGUCUCCGUUUACCUGUUCCCUGGUGAAGCCCCAAAGCAAAGUCCUUCUGUUCUGCAGAGGGAGGACUCUGACCUGGACGGGUUGGUUGCUACAGCAACCGAGGCUCAGGCAGAUAUGGUAUCGGAUGAAGGCUCAGAGGGCUCCACCGACAAUGACGAUUUCUGCAUUUUGGAGGCUCCCGGCAUGGGCAUCCCUCCCAGGGACGGGGAGCCUGUGGUGACCGUGCUGUCCCAGAGCCCCAUCAAGGUAAAGGACAGUCACUUCUCUCGGCCUCGAGGAAGCUCAGACCUGCUGCGAGCCCCGAGUCGCUUCCCGGUGCCUCAGAGCAGGGUGGUGCUGAGGGAGAUCUCCGUGGUCUGGCAUUUGUACGGGGGCAAGGACUUUGGUGGCAAAUCCAUUUCCAUUCAUGCUCAAAGUGCAAACAGGAGUCGUUCUGUCCCUGCCGGUGUUCGUGGGUCUCCGUCUCGCUCUGUCGCCCCCUCCCGUCCCCAGAACUCCUGGCGCUGGGCUGGGGGCAGCGGCCGUCAGCACACGCUCCUGAUGGAAAUCCAGCUCACCAAGGUGUCCUUCCAGCACGAGUCAUUCCCGGUAGCCGUAGCAGGGCAGGAAGGGGAGGGAGUGGUGGCAGCAGCCGUGGUCGGGGUCGGUCCUGGUGGCGAGCAGCCUCUCUCCAGGCAAGUGUUCAUCGUCCAGGAGCUGGAGGUUCGCGACCGACUGGCCUCAUCACAAAUCAACAAAUUCCUCUACCUCUACACAAGCGAGAGCAUGCCCCGCCGAGCCCACUCCAACAUGCUGACUGUGAAGGCCCUGCAGGUGUGUCCGGACUCAGGCCUCGGUGGUCCCGAGUGCUGUCUGCGGGUCAGCCUGCUGCCGCUACGACUCAACAUAGACCAGGAUGCGCUGUUUUUCCUGAAAGACUUUUUUAGUAACCUUGCCUCCUCUGUUAACCCUUACCUGCCUGUGGACCCUGCAGCUGAAGUGAAGGCAGACCCCUCCCAAAGGGGUUCUGAGGAGGCGGAAACAGCUGCGGGUCUGGGACCUGACCUCACAGCAUCUGUGGAAACUACCUACAGCGAGCAGAGUUCCUCCUCCGCCGGCUCCUCCUCCUCCUCUGACCAGCCAAUUUACUUCCGGGAGUUUCGUUUCACCUCUGAAGUGCCUAUCUGGCUGGAUUAUCAUGGAAAACAUGUUGUCAUUGAGCAGGGGACGUUUGCAGGUAUUUUGAUUGGUCUGGCUCAGUUAAACUGUUCUGAGCUGAAGCUGAAGAGGCUCUGCUGCCGGCAUGGUCUCCUUGGUGUAGACAAAGUGAUCCAGUACGCUGUCACUGAGUGGCUGACCGACAUCAGGAAGAACCAGCUGCCAGGCAUUCUGGGAGGUGUUGGCCCCAUGCACUCAGUGGUUCAGCUGUUCCACGGAGUGAGGGAUCUGUUCUGGUUGCCCAUAGAACAGUACAGGAAGGAUGGCCGCAUUAUUCGAGGUCUCCAGAGGGGAGCUGCAUCCUUCGGCACCUCAACAGCAUCGGCUGCUCUCGAACUUAGCAACAGGCUUGUGCAGGCCAUCCAGGCCACAGCGGAGACCGUCUACGACAUCUUGUCUCCGACGCCACCCCUGAAUCGCUUCGCCAUCAAUGAGGGCCGAGCGCCCAGCAGUCGACCCCGCCGAGCCGCCCAGCCUGCAGACCUCCGAGAGGGAGUGGCCAAGGCCUAUGACACCGUCAGAGAGGGAGUGAUCGACACGGCUCAGACUUUGUGUGAUGUAGCAUCCCGUGGCCACGAACAGAAGGGUCUCCCUGGUGCCGUGGGUGGUGUCCUGAGACAGAUCCCGCCCACCGUAGUCCGACCCUUGAUAGUUGCCUCAGAAGCGACCUCCAACCUGCUGGGCGGCAUGCGGAACCAGAUCAAACCAGACGCGCGGAAAGAGGACUUCCUCAAGUGGCGCACUGAGGACUCGCAAGAGUGACAAGGGCAUUUUGUGUCAGUAUGAGGGAGAACAAGUGUGAAUAUGUUGUCCAGAUUUGGGAAAAACUCAGCUGUGUGUGUGUGUGUGGGUGUGUGAAGUCAUGAGAGUUAGAUGUGUGCUCUGAUGCAAAAAAAAAAAGAAGAAAAGCGACAACUAACUACUACUGCAAUUACUGACACCCAGUGUUUUAGGUGGCUCCACGAUAUAUGAGCGUACCAGAUUUUAUUCCUCUCGUUCCACAGCAAGAGCUCUUCUCAUAUUCGGUCCCUCAGUCAGCAGAUUCUUUGUGUGUCUGUGCAAAUACAUCACCGCUGUCUCUCAGCUGGAACCCGGAACAGAGCGGAUCACCUGAAGACAUGGACUUGUUGCACUUGAAGCACAACAGAUUGUUCGUAUCUCAGUCAAGGCAGUGAUUCCUGGCACAAGUUAAAACAUCCUCCUCGAUGCGAGGACAUCAGACUAACACAAGGUUUGGCCACAACAAAAAGCCUUCUGAGAUGAAGAGUCUCAGACUUUAGAAGAAGGGGUCAGGAAUGACAAAGGGCUUCAUCGCAGUGUUUGCAGCAUGUGAAUGGAGCAGCUUUGUUCAGAUUUUACUCAUAAAGGAAUCUAGAGGAAUAUUUUGAAGUGUCCUUUGAUAACACCCUCUUUGAUGGUUUCCAUCCUGACUGUGAUACGAUGCUGCUUUUUUAACUUUGGCUCUGCUAUGCACCCUCUCCCCUCAAUGCCGUCAUUUGUGCCAUAAACCUUGCAGAGUGCUCUUUUAACUAGUUCUCGUUGCCUUCCUCAAACCUGCACCCUCCUAACAAAAAGUAUAACUCACGCUGACCCCAACCAGACUGAAUAGAAACACGUGAAGACUCUGAACUUAGUAGCAUGUUGGAUUCUGUUAAAGACUCAGAGUUAAUAGUUUGACUUGCUGAUGUCAGUUGGUAGUUCUGCUUACCAACAGCUCUGUUUUCUGGAAGGGUUAGGCCCCUGAUUCUGAGAUGAGUAAUAACCCUGCUGUCCUUGCUUUGUCCUUUAUCUUUAGCUGCCUUCCUGUAUUUUUUUUUAUUUUUUAUGUUUCACUGCUUGUUUUUCGUUUUGUUAAAGCAUAGGUAUUGUCAUACUCAUUACUGAAAUAUAAAUGGGAAGGAUGUGAAUCUGAUGAUUGUGGAGGAAGGAAAAUUUUACAUUUUUAUCUUUUUCUUUUAAUGAGUGUAAGGGAUGUGUGUCUCUCUGUGUGGGUGUGUGUGUGUGUGCGUGUGUGAGAUGUACAUUUGUGAGCGUGAAUGGUGCAUGCCUGAAGGUGGCAGUUGAUUCUUGUUGCACCACGUGUGUGAUAACUAUUUACUAUCAUAAACUGUAUGAAUGACCUGUAUAUUACAAAAACAAGUAUACAAAAUUAAU